AUGGGCAAUCUCACUAUCUUCACUGAAUUCCUCCUCAUGGAUAUCUCCACCUCCCGGGAGCUCCAAGUUUUGCAAGGUCUAAUGUUUUUAGUGUUUUAUCUAGGAGCCCUGACAGGGAAUCUUUUAACUCUCACUGCCAUUGCAGUCAACCCGCAUCUACACGCUCCAAUGUAUUUCUUUAUUGGCAAUUUAUCUGUCAUAGAUCUUUGCUGCAUUUCAGUUGCUCUUCCCAAAAUGAUUGUGAAUUCUCUGACAGGGAAUAAAUCUAUUUCUCUCCUAGCAUGUGCCUGUCAGAUUUUCUUGUUUGUCUUCCUUAUAUCCACAGAACUGGCCUUCCUUGUGGUGAUGGCCUAUGACCGCUAUGUUGCCAUUUGCCACCCUCUGCACUAUGGGCUCACCGUCACCCCGCGCGUGUGCACACAGGCAGCUGGUGGCUCGUGGGCAAGUGGGCUGGUCUAUUCUGCCAUCCACACGGGGAACGUGUUCAGGCUUCCCUUCACAGAGUCCAAUGUCAUCCAUCAGUACUUCUGUGACUUGCCUCAAAUUUUGAGGAUCUCCUCUUCAGAUGUGCAGUUAUCUGAGUUAGUGGCCUUAACUAUAAGCACUUGUAUUGUCUUGGUAUGUUCUGCCUUUUUGGUUAAGUCAUUUAUUGAUAUAUUUUCAAUGAUUCUUAAGAUGCAUUCUGUGGAAGCCCGUAACAAAGCCCUGUCCACCUGUACCCCACAGUUGGCAAUUCUCGUUUUGUUUGUAAUUUCUUUGUUGACGGCUGCCUUUGGUCCCACUGCAAAUGAAGCGUCUCUCAGUAAUCUUCUCAUGGCCAUGUUCUACUCCAUGCUGCCCCAGUUCAUAAACCCCAUCAUCUACAGCCUGCGGAGCAGAGAGAUUAACACAGCUCUUCGCAGAAUGUUCCACAGAUAUUUUCAGUUUCCAAGCAGGAUUUUUUAA